AUGGCUUGCAUGAAACUGGGAUCCAAAAGUGAUGCAUUUCAAAAACAAGGGCAGGCCUGGUUCUGCACAACUGGGCUUCCCAGUGAUAUUGUUGUUGAAGUUGAGGAGAUGUCCUUUCAUCUUCACAAGUUUCCUUUGCUCUCUAGAAGUGGGGUUCUGGAAAGUUUGAUUGCAGAAGCAUCAGAAGGAGGAGAUAGAAAAUGUGUCAUACGUCUCCCUAACAUUCCUGGUGGGGCCAAAACAUUUGAGCUCGUGGCCAAGUUCUGCUAUUGUGUGAAACUUGAACUUACGGCCUUAAAUGUUGUGUAUCUCCGUUGUGCUUCCGAGCAUCUCGAAAUGACUGAGGAAUAUGGGGAGGGAAAUCUAAUUACACAGACUGAGACAUUUUUAAACCAAGUUGUCCUUCGUAAUUGGAAAGACUCUCUAAAGGCACUGCAAACAUGUGAUGAUAUUCUUCCUCAUGCUGAAGAACUUCAUAUUACCAAGAGGUGCAUCGAGUCACUAGCCACAAAGGCUUGUACUGACCCAAAUCUCUUUGGUUGGCCGAUGAUGGAACAUGGACCCAUGCAGAGCCCUGGGGGAAGUGUCAUGUGGAAUGGAAUAAGCACAGGAGCUAGACCAAAACAUUCAAAUUCAGAUUGGUGGUAUGAAGAUGUAUCAACUUUAAGUUUACCUCUGUAUAAGAGGUUGAUUUCCAAUAUGGAAUCUCAUGGAAUCAGACGGGAAUUUCUUGCUGGAUCCCUUGCCUUCUAUGCGAAAAAAUACCUACCUGGGCUGAAUCGGCGUCAAGGUGCUAAUGAAACUACCUCCCGUUUGAUGCCCAUGACUUUGGGGACUCCACCAUCAGAGGAAGAGCAGAAGAUUUUACUCGAAGAGAUUGAUCUAUUACUUCCAGUGCAAAAGGGUCUAGUUCCAACCAAGUUUUUGUUUGGUCUUCUUCGGACAGCCAUGAUUCUAAAAGCAAACCCCUCUUGUUUGACAAACUUGGAAAAGAGAAUUGGGAUGCAGCUUGAUCAAGCAACACUUGAAGAUCUUUUGAUGCCCAAUUUCUCUUAUUCCAUGGAGACACUUUACAAUGUUGACUGUGUGCAGCGGAUUCUUGAGCACUUCCUCGCCAUGGAUCAAAUUACAGGUGGAUCCUCUCCAUGUUCAGUUGAUGAUGGCCAGUUGAUUGGAUCACCAUCACUGACACCAAUCACAACGGUAGCCAAGCUGAUUGAUGGGUACCUUGCUGAGGUUGCCCCUGAUGUUAAUUUGAAGCUCCCAAAGUUUCAGGCUCUUGCUGCUGCUGUUCCUGAGUAUGCGAGGCCCUUAGAUGAUGGUCUUUACCGUGCAAUAGACAUUUAUCUAAAGUCGCACCCAUGGUUGGCAGAGUCUGACAGAGAACAGCUCUGCAGGUUGAUUGAUUGCCAGAAGCUCUCCUUGGAAGCUUGUACUCAUGCUGCGCAGAAUGAGAGGCUGCCCCUAAGAAUAAUAGUCCAAGUUCUCUUCUUCGAGCAGCUUCAAUUGAGGACUUCCAUUGCUGGUUGCUUUCUGGUUUCUGACAAUCUUGAUGGAUCAAGACAAUUGAGAAGUGGGUUUGCCGGGUCUACUGAUGGUGGCUGGGCAACAGCUGUCCGAGAGAAUCAAGUUUUGAAGGUGGGAAUGGAUAACAUGAGAAUGCGGGUUUCUGAGCUUGAGAAGGAGUGUUCUAGCAUGAGACAUGAGAUUGAGAAAUUAGGUCGCACCAAGGUUUCUAGCACUUGGGGAAAUGUGUCGAAGAAAUUUGGAUUUAAAAUGAAGUCUCAGAUGUGUAGUGCACAAGAAGGGUCUGUUAGCAACCAGAAUAAUGGAAGUGCCAAGAUUGAGAAGACUAAGGACAGGCAUGCAAAGGACAAGAAAAACUCUUCUUCAGAUGGGUAA